CUCUGCGCGGCUGCUGCUGAUGGCCCUGUGCCUCCUGCUCCAUCUCGCCUUCCUCAGGCUCGGAACAACUCAGCCCUUGGCUCAGGAGCAUGGCUUCAGCGCGCCAGUGGUUGAUUGGCCAUCCUUCUCCAACCUCGACUCACCCCAGGAGGUUCAGGAAACCACUGAGGUUCCAAACAACGGAAGUGCGCCCCUGCUCGUGGAUGUGCUGGUGUUCGUGUCAAACGUGUUUAAUGUGGACAUCCUGCGGUACACGGUUUCCUCCACGAUGCUGCUUCGGCUGUCCUGGCUGGAUACUCGCCUGGCCUUGAACGCGACUGGGCACCAGCGGGGCAUGGUUACGCUGCCCUGGGACUCGCUCUGGAUGCCGGAACUCACUAUCCGAGAGGCGCUCUGGGUGGAAUGGCAGGACCGGAGCCCACGGGCCCGAGUGGAUCGCGACGGCCACAUCGAGCUCUACCUGGCCCUCACCACGGAGACCAACUGUGACUUGGAGCUCUUCCACUUCCCCAGGGACCAGAGUGACUGCAGGAUCAGCUUCUUCGCUUUCGGCAACACUGUGAUGGAGCUGGAGUUCAAGCCCCACGCAGUGAAUGAGAUUGUGAGCGUUAAGAGGGAGUACGUAGUUCGGGACUUGAAAACCCAAGUCCCAUCCCAGGAGCUGGUGCCCUGCUUCCAGGUGACGUUGCGCCUGGAGAACACAGCACUGAAGGCCAUCAUCGCGCUCUUAGUACCUGGUGAGGCGCUGCUGUUGGCCGACCUGUGCGGGGGGCUGCUGCCCCUCGGGACUGAGCGCAUCGCCUACAAGGUGACCCUGCUGCUGGGCUACCUUGUCCUCUACUCCUCCCUGGUGCAGGCCCUGCCCAGCUCCUCCUCCUGCAAUCCGCUGCUCAUUUACCACUUCACGGCCCUGCUGCUGCUGCUUUUCGUCAGCACCAUAGAGACCGUGCUGCUGGCCGGGCUGCUGGCCCAGGGCAACCGCAGGCAUGAGAGCAGCUGCAGCCUGGCCCCGAGAGUGGAGCAGCACGACCGUGGGAACCCAGGGCCUAAUCCUGAAGAAGUCCCCAGAGGAGCAAAGGGGUCCAGGAGGAGCUGGGCUGAGGCCGCUGACCACAUCUUCUUCCUGCUGUACCUGGCGGGGGUGGGGUGUGGCCAGCUCAUCUUCAUUGUCCUCUGGGUGUGGACGACAUGCAAGUCGGACCCAGCCCCUGGCGAGGCCGUACCCCAUGGCGGGUGGCCCAGGCUGUAACAGGCAAGGCCUGGGGCUGCAAACCUGGGGAGUUGGUCUGUCAGAGGGUCUCCGGAGAGAGGGGGAGGGAGGUUGAUUCUCUUCCCUAAGCCUGGAGGACCCCAGGCCACGCUGAGAUCUCCCUUCUGUCAGCACGCAAGCAAAGAAUGUGGAAUAAACCCACUGCCCAGUGCAAGGGCGC